GUUCUUUUACUUUUAGCCGCUAAAUUUCGUUGUCCUGAGUGACCUUGUGGGAGUAACACAUGUAGGCAACUGGAGAUGUCAGAUGUUAAACUUUCUACCGAACUUAACAAAAUCGUUUUGUCGGAAAAAUGUCAAAGUGGAAAGAACUUUCAGCCACUUGAACCUCUAUUCAAAGAUAUGCAAAAUGGAAUCACUUUUCGUCAGUAUAUUGGCGAAUCAGAUCUAAACAGCAUUAUCCACCUUAUUGCUAACGAUCUUUCCGAACCUUAUUCUAUUUAUACUUAUCGAUAUUUUAUAUACAACUGGCCCAAACUGUGUCUAUUGGCUGUUAGUGAGGACGGAACUUGUGUGGGCACAAUUGUUUGUAAAAUGGAAGCUAAUUUAGAAAACGUUCGAAGAGGAUAUAUAGCUAUGCUUGCAGUUGAAGAAAAUCACCGUAGAAUUGGCAUUGGUUUAUCACGUUCUAUUUUAAUUAAUUUUUAUCUAACAUAGGAUCACGAUUGGUUCAACUUGCAAUCGAACUUAUGAUUCAAGAUAAGUGUGAUGAAGUCGUUUUAGAAGCAGAAGUUGACAACAAAGCAGCCCUUUCACUUUAUGAACAACUGGGAUUCUACAGAGAUAAAAGGCUUCUUCGUUAUUAUUUAAAUGGAAGAGAUGCUUUUCGGCUAAAAUUGUGGCUUACGCCACGUAUGAGCAAUGGUUUUUUAUAGUUUCACUAUUCAUUUAUUAUGUAUUUAACUUUUUAAAAUCAUUGUAAAUACAUGCUUUAUUCUCGUUAAACCUGUGGAACUUAGUUUUUUUGGUUUAUGUUCACUAAAAUUUCGUCCACUAAGAGAUAUAAUAUAACAUGUAAACCGAACGUUCAUUUCAUUCUUAAAAUACAUGGUCUUUAUGUGUUUUCAUCCAAUGAUAAAUCUGUUUAAUGCACCUGAAAACAAA